AUGAACCUCAGCUGUUCCCAGUGGCAGGACAGCGGCGAGUCCGUCAAGCACUUUGCAUUUGCCAAGUUCUCUACAGCCGCUGAGCAGUGCUUGCUUCUGUUCACCCUGAUCCUGCUCAUGUUCCUGGCCUCCCUGACGGGCAAUGCUCUCAUAGCCCUGGCCAUCUGCACCAACCCCACGCUCCACACACCCAUGUACUUCUUCCUGGCCAACCUGUCUCUCUUGGAGAUUGGCUACACAUGCUCGGUCAUACCCAAGAUGCUGCAGAGCCUUGUGAGUGAGGCCCGGGGCAUCUCCCGCGAGGGGUGUGCCACGCAGAUGUUCUUCUUUACGCUGUUCGCCAUCAGUGAGUGCUGUCUUCUGGCAGCCAUGGCUUUUGACCGCUACAUGGCCAUAUGCUCCCCGCUGCACUAUGCAACGCGAAUGAGCCGUGGGCUAUGUGCCCAGCUGGCCGUGGUUUCCUGGGCAGUGGGUUGCGUGGUGGGCUUGGGCCAGACCAACUAUAUUUUCUCCUUGAACUUCUGUGGCCCCUGUGAAAUAGACCACUUCUUUUGCGACCUCCCCCCCAUCCUGGCUCUUGCCUGCGGAGACACGUCCCAUAAUGAGGCCGCGGUCUUUGUUGUGGCCAUUCUUUGCAUUUCCAGCCCGUUUCUACUAAUCGUUGCUUCCUAUGGCAGAAUCCUAGCUGCCGUGCUGAUCAUGCCGUCACCUGAAGGCCGCCGGAAAGCUUUGUCCACCUGUUCUUCCCACCUGCUUGUAGUGACACUCUUCUAUGGCUCAGGGUCUGUCACCUACCUGAGGCCCAAGGCCAGCCAUUCGCCAGGAACAGAUAAGCUCCUAGCUCUCUUCUACACAGUGGUGACCUCCAUGCUCAACCCCAUCAUCUACAGCUUGCGGAAUAAGGAGGUCAAGGCAGCUCUCCGGAGAACCCUGGGUAAGAAAAAAGCUUUAACUCAUGGGUAG